UUCACAACACACCGUCUCUGUCACACUUUGUAUCUUACCUUUCUCAUCACCACUACCGCGCUCGUCACCAGCGCAGCGCACCGAGACCGCGUGCACCACUACUGCUCGCCCGGCCCGCCGCACCCCGCCGCCCCAGCACGACCGCUAGCCAACGUCAUCGCUGCGUCGCGCGUCGCGCAACGCUCAUCAUCAUCAGCAGCAGCAUCAGCGUGUGAUCGAUCGCACGCUACUCCACACGACGCACACGCGCACACACCCGCGGCAGGACACGACGUGCAACACAUUGCUCGUAGCGACAGAUCCUAGUCACGCGUGCGCGCACGCUCUUGCUUGCCCCGCCCGCGUCCGCCGCUCCGAACCCAAUCAAACCCCAGUCCAGCCCAUUGUUCAAAUCGACUCCCUCCCCGCGCGCCACCGGCCCGCCCAUUCGUCCCAUCGCCCAUUCGGCCAUCGUCGCCGCGCCUGUCGCCGAGUCGUGACUGCACUGCACUCCGUGCUCUGGGUGGUAAAUCAUCGCCGACACCAACUUGACCUGGCCCAGCGGCCCCACUUUGACAGCCUUCAACCCCACCGGGCACGAGUCCCCCGCUCGACAUGACGGACACGUCCACAAAGCUGCCGCCGCCGCCCACCACGCCCAUUCUGGACUGGGAUGAGGCCGACGUGCACAAGUACUUUGUCAGCCUUGGUCUCGACAAGUACGAGACGCAAAUAUACGAUGAAGGCAUCACCGGCGACGUCCUUUGCGCCCUUGACAUGGCGUCGCUCCUUGACCUGGGCAUUACAUCCCUCGGCAACCGACUCACAGUCCUCCGCGCCGUGUUCGAGCUCAAGAGGGAGCAGGGUGUCGAGAUGGGCGACGACGACUGGCGGCCGCAGGAGGACGUCACGUUAGAAGCCAUCCAGACUCAAGCGAAGAUCGAGCAGAUGUGGAACCUCAUCCAGGACCAACAGGAACGACUGCAGCAGCUCGAGACGGAACAUAACUACCUGCGCAAGGUGCUCAAGCAGCAGGGCAUCCCCGUUGGGUCGGACGGCCUCGUGCCGUCCAUUCGAACCGAGGACGCGCACGGCACGCCACAAACAGCAAUCUCGUACUCUUUCGACUCGCCGAGCCAUCUGAAUGGGCCGCAGACGGCCAUACCGCGGCUCAUCAGCGCCACUUCGCUCACGCCGAAGCCUUCGAACAAGGGCUUUGUCACCGGCCCAUCAUUGCCCAACGCCAAACCCGCCCUCAUGAGGACAAAGUCAGACGGCGGCGUCAAGCCCCUGUCAGGCAAUGUCAUUCCCUCGAGCCCCACCCCGCCGACAGAGUUGGCCAAGCAGACAGUCUCCCGCUCCACCACCCGGUCCAAGGACGCCGGCCCGUCGGCAGACUCGCAUGCCAAGAGUUUCCGUGUCACGAUGGAGGAUCCAUGCUGGCGUGUGCUGCCGGCAGCGUUGAAGAAGUACAAGAUCAACGACGACUGGAGGGUGUACGCAUUGUUCAUCUGCUACGCCAACACUGAACGAUGCCUGAGUUACGAUGAGAAGCCCUUGCUACUGUUCCAGAAGCUCAAGGACAGCGGACAGAGACCAGUGUUCAUGCUCCGCCAUAUUCGUGACAUCAAAUCGCCCAUUGCCGUUGCCCAGCAGAAGCAGGCCAACAAGAUGGGAUUACCGCCAAACUCGACCACCAACUUAUUGCCUACGAUUGAAUCAACCGCUGGUUCGCCUACGACAACGGCGCCCAACGGCGCGGCGGCGGCCAGACCAGCGCCUGCCAAUGGCGACCAGCCCAGCGGCAGGACACCAAACGCUGGCACUUUCCCCGAGCUCCCAUCACCAGGCAUGCGGGACAAGGACGAGGUGCCGCAGGACACACAGCCAGGGACAGUGGUGGACAGAGACGGCAACGUGCACUCGGUCACGUACGCCAUCUCGAUCUACCCCUACAUUGCCGACAGAACCGACGAGUUUGAUGUUGCAGUCGGCGCUACAUUUGUCGUCAUGCAGAAGGCUCGCGGCUGGUGGUUUGUCCAGAAGGACCCCGACGGAGCGGGCAAGAUUGUGUCGGAUCCAGCGCGCGCAGCCUGGGUGCCGGCAGGGUGUCUCCUGGAAAUGAGCGCGCCGAUACAGUCGGUCUCACCAAGGUCACCUGGCCGGUUGCCUGGACGCGCGCCUUUACGCCCGUCGUCGAUCAUGUCGUCGUCAUACCCCGGCGUCGUCCUCAUGGACUAUGUGGCCAAGGACGAGAACGAGCUCACUCUCAAGGAGGGACAGAAGAUCCGCGUGUACAAGAAGUACUGCCACUGGAGCUACAGCAUCAUGGAGGAGACGGGCGAACGCGGCUGGGCGCCAGCGUGGUUCAUCGGCAAGGUCUCGGGCGACAAGGCCGUCGAGGGGAUAACGUCGCCCAUCCCACGGGGAGACCGAGGGAACGGUGACGCGCCGGCGUCGGGGGGAGCAGCGGCGACCACGCCAGCGCUCGCCGCGUCGGCCACGCUGGGAGGAACGGCGCUCGUGUCGCCCGUCGCGGAAGUAGCAGAGGAAAAGUGAUUAUGAACAUUACGACGUUACGUGGGUAGUAUGUAUGAGAUCUUGGAGCG